CUCCACAACAGCAUGUUCCGCAGGAAGGACAGUGCAGCACGCACAUCGUCCCAAGUUGUCCGAGGAGCAGGAUUUGGUGAUUCAGCUGGGAUGCAGCCAAGACUCGAGCUGGUGGAGCAGCUGAAGGGGAUCGACACGAUCGAUUCCGUGCCAGUCCAGUUCGGGGUCCGCCGUGCCAAGGUAAAGAGAAGAUUAUUGAGAAUAUGGUUCGGGAGACUCUAGUCGACCUGCCGAAUGAGAGUCGAUG